GAAGAAGAAGAAUAAGAAGACGACGCCACAAGAGGGCAGGGCUAGUAUAACUGUAGAAGUUUCUGAUAACCUUGGGAAGCUACGCUCAUGUUUGCUGUCCAACACUUUUCUGUGUGUAACUGAGUGUCUCAGUAACUCAGUAAUUCCGGUUGUUAGACGGUGGGAGCUGCAGUACUGACUCUAACCUGGUGCAGGCUAAGCCGAAGCUAUAGGCUUUUUACUCUGGGCGCAGGCUACGGCUAGGACUAACUGUCAGCAGUGAUGUUCGGGUGUUUGGUCGCAGGGAGGUUGGUGCAGACAGACGCGGUGCAACUUGCCCCGGACAAGUUCGUCUUUAACCUGUCGGACUACGAGAAUGUGAACCAUGUGGUGGUAUUCAUGCUAGGUACCGUGCCAUUCCCUGCCGGCAUGGGCGGUGCCGUAUACUUCUCUUUCCCUGAUCCAGCGAGUGACGGUCCCGUGUGGCAGCUACUCGGCUUCAUCACCAACGAUAAGCCAAGUGCCAUCUUCAAGAUCUCUGGGCUGAAGGCUGGGGAGGGCGGGGCGCACCCCUUCGGUAUUAUAACCUCGUCUGCGUCUCCCACCGUUCCUCAGGUCGGCGUGUCGGUGGAGGCUCUGGAGGAGCUGGCUCAGCAGAUCCCGGUGUCCAGCGCCGCCGUGUCCACCGUGGACACCUUCCUGCAGUUCACCCAAAGGAUGUUGGACAGUCUGUACAACUUCGCCUCUUCCUUCGCUGUGUCGCAGGCCCAGAUGCUGCCAAACCCCACAGAGACUUUUAUUCCUUCCAGCUGCAUCCUCAAGUGGUAUGAAAACUUUCAGAGGAGGAUGGCGCAGAAUCCAAAUUUCUGGAAAAACUGAAGGCAUUAAAGACCAAAGAGCAAACCUGCUAAGACGAUUCCCAGGGUGCCUAACAAAAGCAGUGUCGACCUUCAUCUCUGUCACAAUGCCUCUUCACCUACAGAAAAACUGCUGCUCACAAUGACUCCAUCACAUCUUUUAUCGGUCUGAACAAUAAAGCACUUGAAUUUAAAAGGAAAACACAAUUAAAUUGAAUCCAUUCAGUUGUUUUUCAGUGUCUUGCUUAAUGGUUUUCCUCCAAAGAGAUACACAAAUGCAAGAACAAAACUAAUUAAUUAACAAACAUGCUGAUAUUUAAUUAUCAUAAACUGUAUAAAAACUAAAAUGGGGCAGGCUCAAGAGGUUUGAGAGUGUGUUUGUGAAUUAUUAGUACUUGUGUUACAAGAUUGCAGUGCUGUGCUCUCAAAGCUUCAUUUAAGCUUCAGUUUUUAUUUGAAGUGAUGUUAAAUAAAGAGUGCAUUUUAAUUUUUGUCAGUUUAUGAUAUUUAUUUCUUCAAAAGAACUGUUUUCCAUUAUAAAAAGACCAUUCUCAAAACUGUUUUCUUUUCAUUUUUUUGAAGAAUGAAUUUUGAUAUUUUACAAGAAGAUUUUUGAUUCUUUUAUUUUAUUUGGAUACAUACAUUUUGCAAGUGCUGUGCAGUUUUGCAUCACUUUUUAUCAUGUGCCAAAUCUGACAAGCCUUUGGAAAUCUAAAUAAAAAAGAAAAUUGUUACUUUUA